AGCAAACCAUAUACAAGACAAGUAUUUUUUUUCUCCUUCUUCCAUAGCCAAAAAGGAAGACCAAACUCCCUCCCUUCUUCCUCUCCAAAUUUGAGUCCCCAUUUCUUCUCAUUUCCUUUCGAUCUUCGUCCCCUUAGGAACAUCCGACAAAGUUAGAACGAUACAGAAUAUAUAGAUCAAUCUUCGAAUUUUCGAUCUUCGGAUUUCUCAUACACAAUGAGAAGCAUAGCAACUUGUUAUAGCGAGCAUGCCAUAAAGGUCUCAGAUUCGUAUUGCUCAGGCCCAUCAAACCAAGCUUAUGUGACCCCAAAAUUAACCCCAUCAAUCCCAAACGAAGUGUCAUGUUUAUACAGAGCCAGGCUCUCAACCCAGAACCGGAUUUUGAUCACCCUCACCUGGUUCAACAAAUUCACUGCCCAAGGACUCACGGUCACCGUUGGAGACAACAAAUCUCAGCCGUCCAAAUCCAAUUCCGAUUCCCACAAGUUGGAAAACCAAAAGGGCACCUUGGCAUUCCAAUCCUGCAAUACCAAGAUUGAAGUCUUCUGGGAUUUGUCCACUGCCAAUUAUGAUUCCGGACCGGAACCGGCAACCGGGUUUUUCGUCAUGGUUCUAGCUGACUCGGAACUCUGCCUCCUCCUCGGCGACAAGGUCGAACAAGUUCUGGACUUGGAGAAGUACAAAACCAUCAUGUCACAGAAAAAAUUCACAUUGGUUUCUAGGAGUGAGCAUUUUUCAGGCAGUGCUGUGUAUGCAACAAAAGCUCAAUUCUGUGACACUGGACUAUCACAUGACAUCGUGAUCAAGUGUGAUCAACCCGAAGAACCGGGCUCGAAAAGCCCGGUUUUAUCGGUCUGCAUUGACAAGAAGAAGGUUUUUCAGGUGAAGAGGUUGAGGUGGAAUUUCAGAGGAAACCAAACAAUUUUUUUGGAUGGUUUGCUGGUGGAUUUGAUGUGGGAUAUCCAUGACUGGUUGUUCAAUCCAAAAUCUGGGGUAGCUGUCUUUAUGUUCAGGACAAGGAGUGGAUUGGAUAGCAGGCUCUGGUUGGAAGACAAGAAUUUAGAAAAGAAAGGGCAAGAAAGUGCUGAUGAAUUUUCUUUCUUGAUCUGUGCGUGUAAGAGACCUGACUGAUUUCUUUGUUUUUUUUUUUUCUCUAAUUUUUUUCUUUUUUUUUAAUAUUUAUUUUAUAUUUUAUUUAGUGAACAGAAAAAAUUAUAUUAACAUUGACUUUA